CGUCUUCACCUACCUAAAAUCUCUUUACUUCUUCGUAUAAUAACACCACUGUAGCUGAUUGGCAGCCCUUCGUGUUGUUCAUCCUCUCUUUUUGCAACUCUUCGUUUUGUGAUCACGCAGAAGAACAACACAUUGUUAUGGAUUCUGAUUCAGUAGUCCCAAAGACCGUUUGUGUCACUGGGGCUGCUGGCUUCAUCGGUUCCUGGCUUGUCAUGAGACUACUCCAACGUGGCUAUACUGUUCGAGCCGCCGUGCGUGACCCUGAUAACAUGAAGAAAGUAGAGCAUUUGCUAGAUUUGCCUAACGCCGACACACACUUGACUCUGUGGAAGGCAGACCUUACCCAGGAGGGAAGCUUCGACAAUGCCAUCAAUGGCUGCAUUGGAGUUUUCCAUGUGGCUACACCUUUCAAUCUUGAAACCAAGGACCCUGAGAAUGAAAUGAUAAAACCAACAAUCAAUGGUUUAUUGGACAUUAUGAAAGCAUGCGUGAAGGCCAGAACAGUGAGAAGAUUGGUGUACACAUCUUCUGCUGGAACUCUUAGUGCCACGGAGCACCUGAAACCUGUGAUUGAUGAGACUUGCUGGAGUGACGUUGAGUUCUGUCUUAAAGCAAAGAUGACUGGCUGGGUAUAUUUUGUUUCAAAGACAUUGGCAGAGCAAGAGGCAUGGAAAUUUGCCAAAGAGCAUAACAUGGAUUUCAUCAGUGUAAUUCCUCCUCACGCGCUUGGCCCUUUUCUCAUGAAUUCAAUGCCUCCCAGUUUUUUCACCUCUCUUUCCCUCAUCACAGGGGAUGAAGACCGUUAUUCAAUCCUAAAGAAAGGCCACUUUGUUCAUUUAGAUGAUCUUUGUAUGUGUCACAUAUUCUUGUUUGAGCAUCCUCAAGCAGAAGGAAGAUACAUAUGCUCCUCCCAUGAGGCCACAAUUCAUGAAAUUGCCAAGUUGCUCAGUCAAAAAUACCCAGAGUACAGUGUCCCCACCAAGUUUGGGAAUAUUCCGGAGGACUUGGAGAUUGAGCACUUUUCUACCAAGAAGAUAAAAGAUUUAGGGUUUCAGUUUAAAUAUAGUUUAGAGGAUAUGUUCACCGCAGCCAUUGAUACUUGUAGAGAAAAAGGACUUCUCCACAACCGUGCGUAAGCUCUCGCUUAUGGCACAACUGAUUAAAACUGAACAUGAUAUGUACUUUGUGUUUGUGAGAGCCUUGGCUCUUCUAUUUAGUUCUUUUCUUUCUUUUUGUGUGCUUUCUAACAUAUGAAAUGAAAAUUUAGGCGAGUUGGAUACUUAAACUUCAUGAGGAUAAAUGAAAUUAUAAUAACAGUAAGCAUGAUGUUCCA